CCCUACCCAGAGGAGAUAGUGAGGUAAUGUCAUACCUGGCAUUAAGAUAUGGAAAACAGCCAUGUGGUGAAUUCUGUGCAAGAAACCCCUUUGUCCUCUGCAGAUUCUGAUGUCAGAAACACCCACAGCUCUGUCUGCAACUUGAAUUCUAACAGAAGUCCUUCAUCCAAUCCCAGUGGAGUUUCUGGUUACUCAGGGAAUACCAGGUCCUCAUUAAAGCCUGGCUCUGUUGAGCUGCUUGCCUCCUUUAUGCAAGAUAUCCAGAACAUUGGACAUGCUAACUCAGAAAUUGUGAGGAACUGUGAGACAAGGUGGCUACAGCUACUGAGACUGGUAGAAAAACAAUGCCAGGAACAAAUAAAUGCCCAGCAAGAGCAGUUCCACCAUCAAAUCCAACUGAUUCAGGAUGAGAUAAAGCAGCUGGUGAGGUUGCAGAGCAGCAGCUGGGCCAGGAGCCGGGCUGUGCCCUCCCAGCUGACCGACGCCUUCCCCUCCCUGCCGAGCCCCAUGGGGAUGUGCUCGGGGCCGUUUGAGGAGCAGGAGAGCCUCGUGAGCCAGCUGAGAUCCAGCGAAGGGGAAAGCCAGCCCGAGGCCUCGGAGGUGCAGCAGGAAUGUGCGGGCAGCGAGGCCUCCAUGAACAGCGGCUACGGCUCCCUCUCCACCUCGGAGCUGAGCCCGGCCCAGCCCGGCCCCAGCGCGGGGCAAACGCCCCCCGGGGCGGGGCCGCACGGUGAUGCGGGCAGCGUUCGGCAUAAAAGAGAACUUUCAGCAAAGGAACCAGAGGAAAAGCCUUCAUCGGGAAGGAGUGAUGUUUUAGUUUUUCCCACUGGGUUGGAACAUAAAGCUGAUGAAGAUCAUCAGCAUGGGAAAAAACCCAGUAAAUCUUUAACAUCAUGGGCACAAAAGUUGAAACAAACCCAACCAAAAAGAGUAACUGCAGAUGAAGUAUGUGUGAAAUCUAUGCAAGAAAAUGAGAGAGUGAAGAGAUUACCACUUGAGAAUACAAACCUUACUGAUGCUGCUUUGCCAUCAUACACUUUUUACCUCAAUCAACCCAAGGAAAGUCCAAAUUCCGUAGUGUCAGAAGCUUCAGGGUGGAUUCAUUUCAGUAACAAACAGGGGCACAGAGAUGCAGCCCUGCAAACUGUGUAUAAUUAUUGCUUCUUCACAAGGCACUGAGAGAGGGACACAUUUAAGAAAUUGAAGUGGGAUUGAGGCUGUGUCUGUUCCUCUUGUGCCAUCCCUCUUAGUCCUGGUAGUUUGUCUUUGCAUGCUGCAGAGUGCUGCACAAAGUGAAGAGUUUGUAAUAUCAGGUGGCUGCCUGGGAUUAUUCCUUGGGUGGUACCAGUUUUAAAUGCUA